AGGGGACCCAGACUGUAUGGGAGGGGCCCACACUGUCUAUGUGUUCCAGUCUCUUAUCCAACACACACAGUUUCACAUUGUUUAUCAUCCACAUCUCAACAGUCUCUCUGUUUGUCUUGACUUCAGACCUCAGACGUGUGUGUGGAUGGGUCGACUGAUGACAGGACACAGGACCACCUGUUUGUCAGACUCUUGAUUUCUACAACAGAGGAACAACUGGAGACAUGAAGUUGAUUUUUUUCCUCACAGUACAGUUAAACCUGCAUUAUGACUGAGUUAGAGGCCUCCGGUGUGGGGGAGCACCCCCCGCCCUACAUGAUCUUUCUGGUGGUCUUCCUCUUCUUCCUCACCGGGCUGCUGGGAUUCCUCAUCUGCCACCUGCUAAAGAAGAAGGGUUACCGGUGCCGGACAGGAGACAUCGAUGAUGAAGAGGAGGAAGAGGAGAAACUUGGAAGAAAUGCAGACGAUGAGGAUGAAGAGAACCAGGACACAGUGGAGCAGAUCCUCAAAUGCAUCAUUGAAAAUGAAGCUAACAUGGAAGCCUUCAAUGAGAUGUUGGGAAGCCACAAUAUCUGUGUGCGUCAUGACCCGAGGUUGCGUAAGGAGUCUAUCGGUGGUGUUCCUCCUCAUCACCACACCGUCCACUCAGGCGCCGACCACACCUCCUGCCACCUCUGUGCCCAGGUCCGAUCUAAGAAGGGGCGCAGACAUAGCAGAACCCCCCGGUCCAAACAGAGACCUGGAGAACAGACUGUGUUCUCUGUGGGCAGGUUUCGGGUGACACACACUGAUAAGAAGCUCCAUGGAAGUCCCAAUACAUUGGUCAGUUCAGGAGACCAGCUGGACCAAUCCCAGGACAGCGAAGAGCGGAAGGAGGGUGGGUACAACCUGAGGAGUAUGUUCAAGGACGUCCGACCUUCCUCAGAGAAUGCCAAUGGGAUCGCCCCACCUGUGGGGAAACGAAGGAAGAGCAUGACAAUAUUUGGGCUGAGGCGGGGUAGUGACCCCAUUGGCAUUAAAGCAGUGGAGGGGGCAGGUAGGGAGACUGGGGGUGUCAAGUUUUCUAUCCAGCAGCAACCUGUAGUGGAGGAGCUGGUUCAGACCGAGACCAGUGAGACCGCCUCUGAACGUGGUAGUAGACCUGGUUCCAGGCCUGACACUGAGCUCUCGAAGAACCAAAGCCCUGCUUCACCGCAACAUGAGGCUAAGAUGGCAGGUUCUGAGAAACAGGCUCAUGGCCCUAGCCCUGAUCCUGAGGAUGGCUCUAAACGUAGGCCCAGUCAUGAGCCUCAUACCAACCUUACCCUCAAACCUUCAGUCGGGAUUACAGUAGCCCCCGCCCCCAGCUCACUUCUUAUCCCAUCUUCCACUACGACAUCAGAGAAACGAGGACAUGAUAAAGUGUUAAUGGAGGCUUUUGAUCCUGAACCACUGCAGACCUCUACACCCAUCGUCCCUGUGCCAGGAUCGCUUCCCGGUUUCACUCCUGCUGUUCCUGCUGAUCCAGCUGCAUCCUGUUCUAGCACAGAUUUUCCAGUCAUCCAGACUCCCCCCAACCCGAGCUCCAAUCCAGAUCUGGAACCAGGUUUUAGUGCUAGCCUAGCUUUAAUAAGUUUAGGUUCAUCUCCUCCUUCUUCCUUCCCAAUCAACACCCCGUCUUCAGCCUCUUCAUUAAAAACCUCUCCCAUGCCAUCAGAGGCUGCCUCCUCCCGUGGCCUCACUCUGAGCCCCAAAACCCCAUCAGGCAGAGCAGUGUCCAGCCAAUCCCCUAUCCCAUCAAAAACUACCAAAACUUUACAAACCCAAACUUCACUUUCACCUGUUCUUAUUAAGAGCCCCAAACCUGACACCAGGCCACAUGUUUCAACUGCUUCCCCAGCUAACCAAAACCCAUCCUUCAAAAGUUCACCUUGUCUGACUUUGAAGUCAGGAAAUGUGAUGUCUGUAACAUCAAUGACUCAAGGGGACAUGGUUUCAAGUCCAUUAUCUGUAAAGGUUCAAGAGCUGGAAGCCAGAACCCCAACGACAGAAGUAAAAAGGGCAGGGAUCCUAAAAACAGCUAAACUCUCACCGGGUGAGGGAGGGUUUAAAGGUUCUGCCCUUUCCUCUCCCUCUGAUCAACUAUCUAAAGACAGACUGAGCAGUUUACCUGUGUCCCCCUCCAGCCCACUGUCCCCCUCUUCACCUGUCGGCAGCAGAGUAAGCAGCAUGACCAUUGUCAAAGCCAGUCCUGAUAGCAAGAGAGAGUUUUCUGUCAUCACUAUGGUGGAGGAUGAAGGAGCCUCCACAAAAGACAACAAACUAGUGGCUUCUGAACUGGGGGUUGAAUCUGAAAAAGCAGAAGUUAGUCCAGCAGCUGGUCAGAGAGGAGAGGUCUCUCUUUCAGGUACAAGACCACCUGAGAGUCAGAGAGGAGAGACUCCUGCAGCAGAGGUGAGGCCACCACUGAGCCAAGAGAGAGACAACAUAGUGGAGAUGGAAGAUAUUAGAGACUGCAAAGUGACGAAGGAGCAGGAAGCAGAGAGGAGGGAGGAGGUGGAGGUACACACUCAGGACUGAGAGGUUAACUCUCCCAAUGUUCAUAUUGUCCUGGGAUGAUCCAAAGACACAAGCGUGGCACCUCUCAGUGGACCAUAGGAAAUGUGUUAAUAAUAAUUAAUUAAUAAUUUAUAAGUAUUUAACCACAGCUGUGAAUACGUUGCACUGGGACUAAGUGGCUGAUUUAUUGACCUGCCAUCAUCUGAUUCUGAUCCAUUUAAACACAAAUCACAUACACUUCAUGUGACUUUUAGCCGUAGUCGCCGUACAUAUGUACACAGCUCUGAGGUAGACCCGACACCUGGUCCACACUAAAACAUCUCCACUGUCAAUUCCUGGUUCCCAGAUGAUGAAUCUUGUCAACUUUAGUGACAUAUCUCAACAGCUGUUGGAUGGAUUGCCAUUAAAUCUGGUACAGAUACCCACAAUGACUAUGAUUGAUCAUAGUGAUGUUUGAUGAUCCCUUGACUUUUUGCUUAGCCACACCAACGGGGGGAUUACCAUUAAAUUCUGUAGAGAAAUUCAUGGUCCCCAGUGGAUGAACCCCACUGAGUUCUCUAGUGCCACGAGAAGCUCAAGGUUCACCUCCAGUUAAAUAUCCUAUCUACACAAACAUUCCUGGUUCCCAGAAGUUGAAUCAUAUUCUGUUCUAUUACUAUAGCACUAAAUCAUAACAUACAUAAUCUCAAGGGACUUUUCAGGGUAAAAUCAAUGGAUAUAUUAUGUUAAUGGAAAAAUACAUCUUUAAAUAUAACAUUGUGCAAAAUGUCUUUUGAAAAUGAUAGAUCAAUCAAUGGUCAGUUAAUGGUCUGUCACCAACUAGCUGGAUUAUUGAUCAUUAGUUAACAUCUAGGGUUUGAACUGCCUUGUUAUUGGACUGAUUACAUUUGAGCUGUGUGAGUAAUUUACUGAUUUGUUAAACAUCAUGAUUAUUUAUAGAUGUACAAUGAGCUAAUGGCUGCUACCAUCAGAUCUCAUCUAUUGAUGUUCCUGAUUGUGAAUCAAUAUUAACAGCACAAGCACAAAGACAGUAACAGUCGCUUCCAUUGGUCCACAGCAGCUGGACCAAUAAAACUAGUUCAGUUCAGUGAUUAUGUUUGACCUCAUGCUACAGCUGUUUACAAAUGCUUGGGUAAAUGACAUAAUUAGUUUUUAUUCAUUAAUUGUGUUUAUGAAGAGUGAAUCUAACGCCUAGAGCAAACACACAUUAAAUAUGAGGGGCUCUCCACAUGUCAAUGGUCUGCUCCUUUUUAUUUUAUCAACUGGAAAAAAUAAAAAAAGAUUUCCAGUUGAUAAAACUGGAAAUGAUGCUCUGCAGACCUUAGAGGUCGAAUGUUGUGAUGAGAUCACAGGUGACAUUUCCUCCUUAUGACUCUUCCAUUUGGCCCUCUGCAGUCACAAGGGGGUCUGGAUUUGCCUCUCUGCUGCAGACCUGCAAGUUCACCUCAGAGUUUUCUUGGUCUUGACUUCAUUUCCUUUAUAAUUCAUAAUUUCAUAAAGAGGGAAAGUCAAUAUCUUCUAUAGACCCCUCUGGUUUGUAGCAUCAGUCAGCCUCAUGUUCAGAUCCUCAGUUUGCCGAUUAGAGGAGCUGACCCUACCUUGUUCACAGGUCUUUACCUGCCUCACAUGUCCUGAGUCCUGUGUGUAAGCAUACAAGUGCUGAAACUUUUGCUGCAAUAAUUGUUUUCAAUGAUUGAUUGUAAAUCAAUUUUUAUUUUUACUUUUUAAGCUGAUGAUCUAAAAAGUAACAGAACUUUAACAUUUGAAGAAAAGCUCUGUUUUAAUGUGUUUGCUGCAGUCGUUGGAUUUACUUCUUGCAAGUGUAGACUGUAGCUGUACUGUGGCCCUGAGAGCUCCAAGCGCCACAACUGAAGAAAACACAUGGAAACAGAAAAAACAUAAACCAAUUCAGAAAACAUCUUCAUCAAUUUAAGAACAUGUGCUGCAAAUAUUCACAACACAACGGCUGGAACACACUUGCAUGGAUGUAUUAUAAUGCAUGUAUUAUAAAACGCACUUGUACAUCCAUGCAAGUGAAUCUUAGCCAGGUUCAUCACUUUUUAGUGUCCCCUGCAGCUCAUGUGUUGUCAAAUUGAUGUUUCUGAAUUUGCUUGUGUUCUGUCUCUUUGCAAGUGUUUUUGUUGCAGUGUGUUGGGCUCUCAGGACCACCGUAGUGUACAGCUCUUAUGGAGCUUCAUGCUUUAGAUCCUGCUCCUCUGUGGUGAUGGGCUGACCACAUACAGUUAUCACAUCGGUAAUAUCAGUAUAGUAGAAUAAGUUGUUGUACUAAUGUAAUCAGGUGCUUCCACUGGUUAAUACACCACACAACCAGCCCAGUCUAAACAGACUGUCUUUAGUUUAUUGGAGUUGUGACAUUGAUACAUAUUCAUAUAGUCAUGUUGUUCUUCACACUUCUCAUACACUGUCACUAUGUGACAGUAUUAUAAAGUCUGAUGUGUAUUUUGAAGUAUAAUGAGUAUUUUAAAGUCUAACCUAAAAAUCUUCUACAAUCUGAUGUUGUACACUGAUAAGUGGUAUAUGCUUUAUGUUCCUGAACACUAGACCUCAGUGAGACAACUCACUCUGCAGUGAAUGACUGAUGGACUUUGGGGGUUGUCCACUUUUUUAAUGUCUAAUAAGUUUUGUGUAGACACCUGUGGUAGACCUUUUUUUUGUUGAAAGCUUGUGUGAUUGUCUGACUGCUCACGCUCAUGAUUAAAUCUCAGUCAUAACCCGCAGAAAAGAAUACAGGUUGUCAAACAUUAAGUAGAACAGAAGAAUACUUCACAUCUGUUUCGUGAAGCAGGUGUGUAGCAGCAGGAUGAAUGGAUCUGAAUGGAGCAAAUAAAAAAUUCACACUGUCUGACUUGCGAUAAACUAUUACUCUGCUACAUUUCUGUGCUGGACCUUCAUCAGCCAUCACGAUAAAUUGGAGUGGCUGUAAGAGAGCAAACAAUCACCUGAAAUUAAGACAUCCGCUCACCAUACAACAAUUUCUAAUAUCAUAAAGAGGUAGAAGAUUAGAAAUUCCAUAUAGUGACACAUAGGUACAGUCGUGCCUCAGGUGCAUUUACCACAUACUGUCAAGUUUGUGGUUAAGCUGGACCCAAAUGCAGCCGAAAGCACAAGGGAGUAGGUGGAAAGAAAGAAUUUUAAUAUCAAGAAAAGUGACAGAGACAGAAACGCUGAGUCGGGCAGGAGGAGGGGGUCCGGAGGAGGGAUCCAGGGGCCAGUGGAACAGGAAGGAAAGUAACCGGGCAAGGGAAGGAGACUGGCACCACAGGGGCAGAGCAGGAGAGCAUCCACUGAUGCUCAGGGGCAAAACAGGCCAACUAUGGGAUGGCCCAGAGGCCUUAUGGACAGGCUGGGCAGUUCAGUGGGGCAACCUGGAGGUCAGGCAAACGGACGGAGCCGUUCUGGAGUCCGAUGCCGAAGACCGGGUCUCUCCGAAGGUCGAACAGGAGGACAGCGGGGAAGAAGGGGUCUCUCUGGAGGGCAAGCCGGAGGACGGCGUUGCAGGUGGAGCCCCUCUGGAGGGUGAGCAGGAGGCCGGUGUUGCAGGCGGAGCCCCUCUAGAGGGUGCCCAGGAGUUGACUGUUGGUGACUGGGGAACAGGAGCAGGAGUUGGCCACAUAAACUCAAACAUAAAAUGCCUGCUAUGGCAAACCAUGACACAUACUACAUAAAUGUCCAUACAAACCUCCAUUCCCACAUGUUAUUGGAUACAAUAAAGAUUGUUUUUCUUGAUUUAUUUAUUCUGUUUACUAAAAUAUUGAUACUAUUUUUUCAUAACAUAUAUUAAUCCCUACAGGCAUAUAUAUAUAACUGUAACCUUUAUGAAGAAUGUAGUUUAUGCACCCGAGUGGGAGAAAUAUUAAUUUCAUAUUAAUUAUCUAUUCAAUGUGAAACAUAUAUGGGUGUGCCACUAUAUGUAGUUUCUAAUUUAUCAUAAACUGUUAUAUAGUGAACUGAUGUCUGUUAAUUGUUAUUUUCUAUUUCAAAUGGAUGAGGGGAUCAGCCGCUACUAUUUAAGAUGGUGGCUCCUCAUUGUUAAAAUCAUCUGCCUGAUGAAGGUCUAGCACAGAAACGUAGCAAUUAAAUUGUUUAUUGCCUUUGAGUAGAACAAAAGGAACUGGGCUCAAAAGCUCUCCUGACAUACAAAGGCAGAAACAGCCUCCCCAGGCCGCCAUGACGGAAGAGAACAGCUGAAGGAACCACAACCUGCAAAUGUCCAGAGUCAACAGAAGAGAACUGGACACUGUGGUGCAGAACAUGACAGAAAUGAGCACGAGCAAGGAAGAAAAGAAACAACAAUAAAUGAUUUUAAAUGAUUCCUACCUUAUGUUCUUUUGAACUCAGAAUACCACUGAAAAUGAAGUCACUGAGAAGAAAAAACAUCCAAGAACAAAGUAAAAAAAUGUACAAGAAAGAAGUCAUUUAAUCUACCCAGUCUGAUGAGAGACUUUGUUCCUCAAGAUUCUGACUUUAGUCUCAUUGCAUCAUCAUGUU